GAACUGAAACCGAACCGCUCCAACGUCUCAGAUCCAGACUGAGAAUAUCUUCAGAAACAUAAUCAAUAAUAAUCAAGGAAAUAUUAAAUAAAUAGAAUAAUGCUCAUAAGAACUGGAGCUAUAGGAGUGGUUGUUGGGUUCGUGUGUGUGUGUGUGUGUGUGUGUGUGUGUGUGUGUCUGUGUGUGUGUGUGUGUGUGUGUGUGUGUGUGUGUGUGUGUGUGUGUGUGUGUGUGUGUGUGUGUGUGUGUGUGUGUGUGGAGCUGCCUGUAGACAUUAUUCUGGUUAAUUAAUGUAUUGAUUAAUGAUUGUUUGCUGUGUGAAAUAGUGUGUUUAUAUAUAUAUGCAGUUUAUUCUGAAAGGAAACAGGAAAUCAUCCCAUUGAUAAAGAGCAGCCAGUGAUUGAGGAGGAACACUGAGAGUCAAUCACACUAUGAAUAUCAGCAUCAGAUCAAUAUGUUCUUCUGUUCCCCAUCCAUCCAUCCAUCAGACUCUGUUUAUUGAUAAAGCUGCAGAUGGAAACAACAAAGAGACACAAACAAAACAACAACAGCAUCAGAAUUAAAAGAUAAAGUCAAUAAUCAAUUAAAAUCAAUAAAUAUGAUCAGAUCUUUGUGGGUUCAAUCAGGUGUCUGCUGUCAACCAGCAGGUGUGACAUUAAUCAAUAAUAAUGAGGCUAAUGAGAGUAGUAAUGGCUCUGCAUUGUAAUCUCAUUACAUGUUGCUGUGUGGUGUGUUUGUGUCAUCUUCUGCGUGGGAAAUUACAGCGCCGGAGCACAAUACUGUGUGUGUGUGUCUGUGUGUGUGUGUGUGUGUGUGUGUGUGUGUGUGUGUGUCUGUGUGUGUGUGUGUGUGUGUGUGUGUGUGUGUGUGUGUGUGUGUGUGUGUGUCUGUGUGUCUGUGUGUGUGUGUGUGUGUGUGUGUGUGUGUGUGUGUGUGUGUGUGUGUGUGUGUGUCUGUGUGUGUGUGUCUGUGUCUGUGUGUCUGUGUCUGUUUGUGUGUGUGUGUGUGUGUGUGUGUGUGUGUGUCUGUGUGUGUGUGUGUGUGUGUGUGUGUGUGUGUGUGUGUGUGUGUGUGUGUGUGUGUGUCUGUGUGUGUGUGUGUGUGUGUGUGUGUGUGUGUGUGUGUCUGUGUGUGUGUGUGUGUGUGUGUGUGUGUGUGUGUGUGUGUGUGUGUGUGUGUGUGUGUGUGUGUGUGUGUGUGUGUGUGUGUGUGUGUGUGUGUGUGUGUGUGUGUGUCUGUGUGUGUGUGUGUGUGUGUGUGUGUGUGUUUGCUGCAACAGAUUGACUUUGUUUUCUCCAACUAUACUUCCUGUUGGGAGCUUCCUCUCUCUCUCUCUCUCUCUCUCUCUCUCUCUCUCUCUCUCUGGGGCGAGUCGGUGCAUGUUAAUGAGGGAGGAGGGAGGGGGCGUGGCUUGUUUCUUUUUUGGCGGUGGGGGGGGGUUAAUAUCUGGCACGCCACCUCCCGUCUUCUAUUCUGGGUUCAGGGGAGGUUCCCCGUCGGCUGGGUGUACCCGCUGCAGUGGGGCCCCUCUCUCUCUCUCUCUCUCUCUCUCUCUCUCUCUCUCUCUGUGUCUAUAUAUCUAAGUCUCUCGCCCCUCGCUCGCCCCCCCCUUCCUGUACGUGCAGCUGAGCAUUCGCCAGAUGCCAUCCAACUUAGCCUCCCACCCAGGAGCCCUUUGUCCCCCCGGUCACCUCCCACCUACAUUUAUUUAUUUUAUAUUGUUGUAAUUUCAGCUGCUUAAUGACCACACUUAUGUUUAUUAUUGUUAUUAUUGUUGUUAUUGUUGUUAUUGUUGUUAUUAUUGUUAUUAUUGUUGUUAUUAUU